AUGUUUGGUGACAUCAAUAUUUCCGCCAUUUUGGAUUCUUUAAGUAUCCAUUACGACAAAAGAGUAAGACCAAACUAUGGAGGUCCGCCAGUGGAAGUGGGCGUCACAAUGCACGUGCUCUCUAUCAGCUCCGUCUCCGAAGUGCUCAUGGAUUUUACAUUGGACUUUUACUUCAGACAGUUUUGGACUGAUCCUAGAUUGGCAUACAAAAAGAUACCUGGUGUCGAAACUUUAUCGGUCGGCUCUGAAUUUAUAAAGGACAUAUGGGUACCAGAUACGUUUUUCGUGAACGAAAAGCAAUCAUAUUUCCACACUGCGACGACAAGCAACGAAUUCAUCCGUAUCCAUUAUUCGGGCUCCAUUACUAGAAGUAUCAGAUUGACAAUUACCGCAUCGUGUCCUAUGGAUCUGCAAUAUUUUCCAAUGGACCAUCAACUGUGCCACAUAGAAAUAGAGAGUUUCGGCUACACCAUGCGGGACAUCCGAUACAAAUGGAACGAGGGACCCAAUUCUGUCAGUGUAUCGACAGAUUUAUCGCUACCACAAUUCAAAGUACUUGGCCAUCGUCAGCGAACCAUGGAGAUAUCACUCACAACAGGAAAUUACUCUAGACUGGCAUGUGAAAUACAAUUUGUUCGUUCUAUGGGAUAUUAUUUGAUUCAAAUAUAUAUACCAUCUGGUUUGAUUGUCAUUAUAUCCUGGGUGUCUUUCUGGUUGAACCGCAAUGCCACACCAGCUCGGGUUGCUUUGGGUGUAACAACUGUCUUGACAAUGACUACUCUUAUGUCAUCAACAAACGCUGCAUUACCUAAAAUAUCUUACGUGAAAUCGAUUGAUGUUUAUCUUGGCGCUUGUUUUGUGAUGGUUUUCGCCAGUUUCCUAGAAUAUGCAACAGUUGGAUAUAUGGCAAAACGGAUUCAGAUGAGGAAACAAAGAUUUGUAACUAUUCAAAAAAUAGCUUCAGAGAACAAAAAGAUGUCUGUUAACAAUCCUUCGCUUAAAGAUACUCAUACCCUGUCUAAAAUGGGAACUUCAGGAAGAUUUACGACACCGAGAUCAUCGGACAUAAGUAAGCUGUUGGGAAUGACGCCAUCGGAUAUCGACAAAUACUCGCGCGUAGUGUUUCCCGUUUGUUUCAUCUGCUUUAAUCUCAUGUACUGGAUCAUAUAUCUACACGUAUCCGACGUCGUAGCCGACGACUUGGUUUUCCUGGAAGACAAUAAAUAG